UGGCUAUAAGAGGAGAAGGCAAAUGCUCCAAAGGUUUUCUUCCUCCCUUUCUCUCUGCUAACAGCAUCAACAAUACCCGAAGAAUAAGGAAAGAAGCACUGGACAGGAGGAGAGGUCCUGGAUGAAAGGCAUCCAGCCAGUAAGACUUAAAAAGCAUGUGAUGAGAGAAAGCUUUGCUUUGAAUUCAUUUAGCCUGUACAUUUUAGAUUCGAAAAAACACAGAACCCUGCCUUCAUUGAGACCACACCGGAUACGCUGAUAGUCCACAUUCUGCUGUCUGAAGAAAGAACCAGGACCAUGAGGAGUUUCCUUGUCCGGGCUUGGAUUCUUUUGCCAGGCUGUUGGGCUCUGACCGGCCCUAGGGAGGUGAGCGGCCCCGUGGGAGGGUCGGUGUCUGUGCAGUGUCAAUACAAUGAGGCUUACCAGAACUAUAAGAAAUACUGGUGCAGAGGAGAAAUGUGGAUAUCCUGCUCCGUAGCUGUUCAGACCAACAGUUCAGAGGCAGAGGUGGCAGGGGACAGAGUCUCCAUCCAAGACGAUCAGACGCAGUGCACGUUCACUGUGACCAUGGAGAGCCUGGCACUGGGCGACCAGGAUGUUUACUGGUGCGGGAUAGAGAAGAGCGGCUUUGACGGCAUGGUCGCUGUCAAUGUGUGUGUUUUCCCAGCUGUUCCUACCUCACCGCCAACGACGCCAGAAAAGGACCUGACCGUUGCCACCUCCCCAUGGACUGUUCCUGAAGUGGAAAAAUCCACCUCCGCCUUUUACAGUAGUGAUGCUCCUGCCGGUAUACCAAACCUCGUCCUCCAUAUCCUGAUCCCAUCCGUCCUGCUGGUUCUAUCUUUGAUUGUGUUCAUUGCUGUAAAGUUUAGAAGAGCAUCACAGAGGAGGAGCAAAGCCCUUGAGGACAAACCAGGACAAAAGGAUAAGAACUUCUAUCUCUAUAACAAGAAUCUUGGGCACACCCUUCCCUUCAGUGCAUCAGAUCCUGCUGCCACAGGCCAGAUGGCAAUCUAUAUGAACAAGCAGCACCUGCCCUGCUCAGCCGAUCCGGCGUCCAACUAUGAAAACAUCCCUCUGAGGAAUCAGGUUUCAGGAGGGAGAGAAGCAGUUUCUUCUGGCCCAGAGCACUGCUCAGCCACAGAUCAGGAAGACACCUACGUCAAUAUGUGCCCAAUCACACCCCGUCCCCCCAUGAUUUGUCGUCAAGCAAAGUGUGGGAGAAAAGCUGCAGGCUGAAGCCCUUCCUACUUACAGGAUAUUUAACAGUUCGUCCUUAUUUUCCUACUGUCCCAUGAAAGCUUCCAGACGGGCAUUCUCUCUGCCCUGCUUCUGCUGAGCAAUCUGCCAACAGCAAGAUGUGGUGGGGAGGUCCCACUUCCAGCAUGACUGUCUUCAGAAAUGUACUGGGGGGCAACAGCUACUACAAAAUGCUUCUCUUUUCCAGGACAUCAGCUUGAAAUAGCACAAAGGCUUGGUGGCUCAGGUUCCUGGAGGGCUGGAGGUAUUCCUCUGGUGCUUGUUGUGGCAUCUCUCUGCUCCAAUGCCAAAUAAUUGCUGUCAAGGUUCCUUCCCCACUCUGAACUCCAGGGUACAGAUGUGGGGACCUGCAUGAAAACCCGCUAAGCUUAUUUUUACCAGUUUAGGUUAAAACUUCCCCAAGGUACAAACUAUUUUACCUUUUGCCCUUGGACUUUAUUGCUGCCACCACCAAGUGUCUAACAGAUAUUUAACCGGGAAAGAGCCCGCUUGGAAACGUCUUUCCCCCCAAAAUCCUCCCCAAACCCUACACCCCCUUUCCUGGGGAAGGCUUGAUAAAAAUCCUCAUCAAUUUGCAUAGGUGAACACAGACCCAAACCCUUGGAUCUUAAGAACAAUGAAAAAGCAAUCAGGUUCUUAAAAGAAGAAUUUUAAUUGAAGAAAAAAAGUAAAAGAAUCACCUCUGUAAAAUCAGGAUGGUAAAUACCUUACAGGGUAGUCAGAUUCAAAACAUAGAGAAUCCCUCUAAGCAAAACCUUAAGUUACAAAAAAACACAAAAACAGGAAUCUACAUUCCAUUCAGUACAACUUAUUUUCUCAGCCAUUUAAACAAAACAGAAUCUAACACAUCUCUAGCUAGAUUACUUACUAAGUUCUAAGACUCUAUUCCUGUUCUGUUCCCGGCAAAAGCAUCACACAGACAGAGAGAACCCUUUGUUUCUCCCCCCCCCUCCAGCUUUGAAAGUAUCUUGUCUCCUCAUUGGUCAUUUUGGUCAGGUGCCAGCGAGGUUAUCCUAGCUUCUUAAUCCUUUACAGGUGAAAGGGUUUUUCCUCUGGCCAGGAGGGAUUUAAAGGUGUUUACCCUUCCCUUUAUAUUUAUGACACGCCCCCCAAAUCACAGAUAGGGUGAAACUCUGGCUGUGAUUUCUUCCUGGAGCACUAGGGGAAAACAGAGUUAAUAAGACACAUGCACCUCUAAAUAUACUACCAAGUAUAUAAAGACUAACAAUAUUUGUCACAUCUCAAGGAUGAUUUUAACCAGUUGAUUCUGGGAAACUUUCAAGGGAGAGGGCAUCAGCCACUUUGUUAGAAGCUGAGAUGUGUUGGAUGUUGAAAUCAAAAUCUUGGAGAGCUAAACUCCACUGAAUACGUUUUUUGUUAUUUCCCGUGGCAGUAUGAAGCCACUGUAGCGCAGCAUGGUCGGUUUGCAGGUGGAAACGCCGUCCCCAAACAUAUGGGCGUAGCUUUUCCAGAGCGUAGACAAUGGCGUAACAUUCUUUUUCACUGACUGACCAGUUGCUCUCCCUCUCAGACAGCUUCUUGCUGAGAAACACUACAGGGUGGAAUUCUUGAUCCGGUCCUUCCUGCAUUAAAACUGAUCCCACACCA